AUGUUUGAUAUGCUAGAUGUUCGACUAUACUCGGCUUCACACUACAUCUUGCAAGAGAGCCGAAAUGCUGAGCUUCUUGAAGAGGUUGACGAGGAGGACAUCGUAGCGAGCGUUUCGCCGAUUCAAAACCUUCUGAUCGUCGAUUGCUUACGACUUGGUUUGCCUUCGGGUCGUCUUCACUCCGCGUGCCGCCUUCGCCUGUUCCUUCACUGCAGAGAGAUGGUUCAUUUGCUCAAUGCUCUUGCAGAACAACUUGUCACCAUGCCUUACAUGUGA